AUGGAGGCGGCCGAGAAGGCGGCAAUAGCCCUCGUGGUAGCCUCCACGGACACCGAGGUGAUAAUAAGUGACUCUGAGGCACCGAUACGCAACAAAACUAGUGGCCCGAUCUCCCGGGAAGCGGCCCGCAUUCUCCGAAUUCAAGAAGCGGGUGAAGGCGGCAACCCCAAGGAGUUGAGCACCACAUUCUGCGGCAGCGAAGCAUACGCUCCUCCAGAGGUGCUCCAGGGCAUCCGGUACCGGCCAAAGAAAGCGGACGUCUGGUCACUUGGUGUCAUACUAUUCGUCAUGGUCACCGGACUCCUGCCAUACGAAUCCGAGUGCGUGCCCCGCCAAGUUCGAUUGCAGAUGACACGCACCCUGCGUUUCCCCCAGGUGCUGCCGCUCAGUUAUCAACUAAAGAACCUCAUCAGGGGUAUGCUAGAGCCCGUGGCGACGCUUCGCAGCUCGAUGGCUCGCGUGCUUCGACACCCGUGGGUCCGGAUGUUUCCCACUGCUAUGGCGGAGUGA